GUCUCCCCGACUUUGCGGAGGAGCCCAAGUGGAGCAGCCGAUCUGGUGCUGGAAUGCUGCUGAUAACGCCGUUUGUUACUCGACGCAAUCGAGCAAUGGAAAACAGGAGUCGCUUUGGCCGCGUGCUAUAGGCAGUUGGCGCCGUGGAAUGGAGGGUGAUAAGGGCAGCGUGGCUUAUCUUGCCUAUCAAAUGGGGACGAAUUCUGCUCGGCUGCAACAGGCAUACGACGUCGAGAUACGGAGAUGAUGGGCAUGAUGAUGUCUGAGAGACAAUAUGUAUAUCACUGGGAUGGCUCGUCGAUUCUCUGCCUUUAUUCCCAUCAGUUUUCUAUCAUAUCUUUUUGAUCCAUUCUGAUCUAUCCUGACAUAUCCUAGCUCCUAUACUACAAUUCACAAUGUCUCGCUUCAGACGAUUACUCGACAAAGCGGCUGUUCCUUCAGAGCCCGGCCUGACCAACGCGCAGCUGAUGCUGUCCAAUGAAGACUUGCGGCCAGUCGAGCCCCAAAGACGCCAGUGGAAAUGGUUCAACUUCAUCGCCUUUUGGAUUGCGGAUUCGUUAAACAUCAACACUUGGAUGAUCUCCUCCUCUAUGAUCGUUGAUGGCCUAUCCUGGUGGCAGGCCUGGCUAUGUGUCUGGGCUGGUUAUUUCCUCGCUGCCUGUUUUGUCUGCUUGACUGGUCGGAUUGGUGCCAUCUAUCACAUCUCUUUUCCUGUUGCCGUUCGCUCUACGUUUGGAGUUUGGGGUUCUUUCUGGCCGAUUUUCAACCGUGCUGCGAUGGCUGUGAUUUGGUAUGGUGUUCAGUCGUAUAUUGGAGGUGAAUGUGUGACUUUGAUGAUCGAAUCCAUCUGGCCAAGCUACGCCAACCUACACAACUCUUUAUCCGCAAGUGCUGGUGUCGACACAAAGAACUUUACCAGUUUCUUCCUGUUCUGGCUCGCCUCGCUCCCAGCCCUCUGGUUCCCCGUACACAAGAUCCGUCAUCUUUUCACAGUCAAGGCGUACUAUUCUCCCAUCGCCGCCAUCGCCUUCUUCGCCUGGGCCAUUUCACGCGCUAAUGGCCUUGGUCCGAUUGUGCACCAGCCAAACACAGUCCACGGAAGCGCACUGGGUUGGGCAGUGGUGAAAUCAAUCAUGAGCUGCAUGGGUAACUUUGCAACCCUGAUUGUGAAUGACCCCGACUUUUCGAGAUUCGCACGGAAACCCAAGGAUGCCUUGUGGUCUCAACUAUUCACAAUUCCCAUCGGCUUUGGAAUCACCUCGUUCAUCGGUAUCAUUGUCUCCUCGUCCUCGCAGGUCAUCUUUGGUGGUGAUAUGGUGUGGAACCCUUUAGAUCUUCUGGGCAUGUUCCUGAAGGGCGCCAGUUCCGCAGAGCGGUUUGGUAUUUUUGUGAUCUCGACUGGUUUUGCCUUGGCUCAAUUGGGAACCAACAUUGCUGCCAACUCUGUGUCUGCUGGUACGGACAUGACCGCGUUACUUCCUCGAUGGAUCAACAUUAGACGGGGUGGAUAUAUCUGUGCAGCAGUUGGUCUUGCUAUGUGUCCUUGGAAUCUCGUCUCAUCCUCGAACCAAUUCACCACCUAUCUCUCCGCCUAUUCCCUCUUCCUUUCAUCUAUCGCGGGUGUCAUGAUCUCUGACUAUUACUUUGUCCGCAAAGGCCACCUCAACAUCCGGGACCUCUACAGUGCCGAGAAAACCGGAGCAUACUAUUACAGCGCUGGCUUUUCAUGGCACGCAUACGCCGCAUACAUCGCCGGUAUCCUGAUCAACAUCGUCGGCUUCGCAGGGGCUGUCGGACGCACGGUACCCGUGGGAGCACAGUACAUCUACAACAUCAACUACAUUUCUGGAAUCGUCGUCUCCAGCGGUGUUUAUUACAUCCUGACCCUCUUGUUCCCCAUCCCAGACAUGAACAGACAGUGGAGCGAAGCCGAUGUGGACGAGGACCAACUGGCGGUCGCAUACGGACAGGAAGUCGACGGUGACGAAGAGCGUCCGCGUCUCAGCACCGAUUCUCGACUAGCUUCUGAUGACCAAAAGGGGCCUAAGUUUUUCUCCAAGAUGAUGGGAUGAAUAGGCUAGACUUGGAAUAAUUGUACUUUUAGUUUCCCUCUUUCUCUAAUGACCUAAUGAAUAUGAUGAUACUAUUGCUGUGACUAGUAUCCUUGAGCAAAACUGGCUGAAAUGAUCUAUCUGUCUGUAUUCUAUAUCACCU